AUGAGAAGUUUCACCCCCAAAGCCUUUUUCGUGUAUUUAGUUCUGGCGCUGCUCCUGUUUCAGCCCUUUGUAGCACAUCAUGCCGCUGCUAAGACCAUCGUCGUCGUGGAUGUGGACGGCAAUACAAAUAAUUAUGUUGCACUCGCGACCAUCCUGGUGCAUCGCGAUGUCGCCGACAACCUACGUCUUGUAACGGUGAAUGGAGCAACCUUUGGCUAUGCCUCCACGGUUGUACAGAAUAUCUGCAGUUUCUUGUCACUCGCGGGGAGGCCAUCCGUCCCUGUGGCGAUGGGGCAGGUAUCCGCUUUGGUUGAUGCCUAUAACUCAGAGACGCAUAUUGGCGACUGUAAGCGUAAACAAGGCUUUCCAGCUACACCACAUGAUGCCUCAUUGCGUGGAAUGCUGUACUCGAAAUCCGACGUUACCUCGGCUUUUGGACAGACCUACCAACUUCCCCGUACUGCCACAGAGGCGGAAAACUGCAUGCUUACGAUCGAUAGUGCUACAAAUAGCUUCCUAACACUCGUUCGGCAGAGCACCACGGGUGAUAAGAUUGUCUACCUCCAGCUUGGAAGUAGCACGAACUUUGGAAGAAUUUUGGAUGCUCUAGUGAACUCGAAUAUUUCGAGCUCUUUGUUUUAUAGCCUCGUGCAGGUCCAUGCGUUUGAAUCUGGGUACAACGGUGGCGCCGAUGGUGAGGCUAUGGGCAAGUUGUUGGGCGAUAAAAAUCUCACGUUAUACUUAUACCCACCCAGCUUCUACUCACCAUCUCCAGCAUUUAAUGAUACCACGUGGAAGCGAUUCAUAACUAUUCCUCAGAGCCCAUCGUCUACUGAGUUAGUUAAAUGGCUGUAUGAAGUACUAGAUGCAAAGAAAAAACUUGUUGAAAAUCGAGGCAAUUCUAUGGACUUUUACAACGAAUUCGACCUUGCCAGUAGUCUAGUAACUCUUUGUGCUCUGGAUGAAUCAAUUGAGAACCUUUGCAAGAAGUAUCGCAAUACGGCAUCGGCGAUUUCGUUUAACUACACUCUUCCCAGUAACGACGCUCGUAAUUUGGUGCUUUCUAUUUCUGGAAAUAAUGUGACAGCACCAUUUUAUUAUAGGAUCGAACCCUUAUCUAGCGUCAAUGGUUCUUCCAAUCCUGUUAACAACAGAAAUUUGAGUUUCUAUAACGUAUCUGCAUCGGUAAAGGUAGACAACGCAGCUUCAAGUUUGGCCGAUACGUUUUUGGAAAUAUGGUUGGUCCUAUUGCAAUCUUAG